UAGAAACAUAACGCCUUGUGUUUCGGACUGUAUCGUUAUUAAGGCUGUAAGUUGGAUUGUUGUGAGGCGAAUGAAAUAUUCUACAGUGUGGAAAAUACGAGUUUUAAGGAAGGAAAAAGAAGAAAGGUAGAUUAUAUCGUGUCAGGUGUCUUCGCAGACUGGAAAUAAUGAUUUAAAGGUUUCUUGUUUAUGUGAAUGAUGCCUGGAGGUGGAGAUGCUUGUGAUGCCAUGGCCUAAGUGAGGAGCCAUGCACAUGACACUGGACCUGUUUCAUUUAUUUCCACUGGUGCAUUGGUAAAGUUCGGCGUUUUCACUAACAUCACUGUACUGAAUUAUGUAACAGUCUUGAUCCACCCCUGACCAAGCCAUGACCCCCUGAUCUUUGAAGCUUUGCACAGUAUUUAGUCCUAAACACCAUUACACCCUACAUCGACAAUGUCCCUGGCGGUGCAGUCACAGAAAUGGUUCCCCACGCACGUCCAAGUGACGGUCCUUCAAGCCACGGACCUCCAGGCGAAGGGAAAGAGCAGUACCAACGACGCCUACACCAUCAUCCAGCUCGGGAAGGAGAAAUACUCCACGUCGGUGGCGGAGAAGACGCUGAAUCCCAUGUGGAGAGAGGAGGCUUCGUUCGAGCUGCCAGGGCUGCUGGUGGAGGGCAACCCCGAGGUUUAUGAGCUGUGUCUCAUCGUCAUGCACAGGUCUCUGGUCGGGAUGGACAAAUUUCUGGGCCAGAAAUCCAUCAACCUGAAUGAGGUGUUCGACAACAAGGAGCGAAAGAAGCUCAAUUGGUAUACCCUGGAUUCCCGUCCAGGCAAGAAGAAGAAAGAGCGCGGGAAGAUCCAGGUGAGCAUCCAGUUCAUGAGGAACAACAUGACGGCCAGCAUGUUCGACUUGUCCAUGCGGGACAAGCCGCGCUCGCCCUUCUCUAAGCUCAAGGACAAGGUGAGGGGUCGCAAGCACGACUCGGACGCCUCUUCGGCCAUCUUGCCUCGCUCUGCGCAAUGCGACGCUGAAUCCCAGCCUCCGCAGCAAGUCUCAGACCCCAAACCUCAGCACACGACUGCUAUGCUGGAGACCAAACCCAAGCGCUCGCUUCUCCCCGGGGCUCAGAAACUCUCCGCUGCACACUCCAUGUCCGAUCUAGUUGGAAUGCACUCCAGGCCCAAGACGGACUCCGUAAACUCCAUGGAGGAGAGCGGUGCCGUUCCUCCUCACCGCCGCUCUCAGAGCGAGAUGCCCGGUUACCAGGACGGCGAGAUGGGGGGUGACCCCUUCCCGGAAAUGCCACAGAAAUCCGCCACGCUCCCACGCAACCGUAACCCCUUCGAGUCAGACCAUGGGCAGCUGUGGGAGAAAAAGGAGAAGAAGGAGAAGAUCAGCUUGCUGGAGCGCGUGACGGGGAAGAAGGACAAGGAAGGGAAGAAGACGAGCAACGGAGGACGAGCGGGAAGUUCAGGGGACCUUCAUCACUUCACAAAUCCUUUCACCACUGAAAGCGAUACUAACCCCUUCCUGCCACAUCACAUGCCCAGUAAUCACACGAAAAAACCCAGCAGCAGCGAGGACCUGAGUAAGAAAAACGUUUCCCCUGAGAAAAAACAAGGAAAGAAGACCACCAGAGAGUCGGAGACCAACCAGCUCCAGAGCAGCAUGGCGGCGUACCGCAGCCUCUCGUUUGAGGAGGUGGUGCAGGAGCUGAUCAAGCAGAAGGAGGUGGUGAAGAAGAAGGACGCACACAUCCGCGAGCUGGAGGACUACAUCGACAACCUGCUGGUCCGAGUCAUGGAGGAGACGCCGAGCAUCCUGAGGACGCCGUACGAGCCCAAGAGAAAAGCGGGCAAGAUCACCAAGAAGUAGACGUCCAACUGGGAGUCGUAUCGUUCAAAACGGUAGUAAAAAAAAACGAUUAACGGUGAUCUUGUAAUCACACAUUUCUCAGUUUACAUGUCAAUCGGAACUCGCAGACUCGAGAUUGUAUGAGCUUUUAAAAAUCGGUGGCUGAUCGAAGGACUUUUUGUGCCAAUCGCCAUACGCUGGCUAAGAGCUUUUUAUUAUGUAGUCUCUUGUUUAUACACUGAGAUUUGUAAAUAUGUUUUUCUGCCAUUUGUGUAGGGGACCGUGUGGGGAAACCCGUCGUCACUGCAGCCAAAAAAAAUAAGAGGAAAAACAAUCAGUUUUGGUCAAAAUCUGUCCCUCCAAAAUGUUAAAAUGGAAAUAUUUUUAUUUUAUUUUAAAACAGUCUAGCAACCUAGUAACCUAGCAAAAAAAAAUUGUCGAUGAAUCUGAACUUUUUUUAUUUUGAUUUUUUAUUUUAUUUUUUUACAUUUUACAUAACUAAGUUUAUUACAUAUGGAGUAAAAGAUGUCGGAAUUUCCCAGUGUAACUCAGAGUUUCCCAGGCUGCCACACAAAUCUUUACAAUUUCCUUUUUUUUUUUCUUCUCUUUUUUUUUUUUUUUUAUUUAUAGCUAGAUUUAGACAUAAGAAGCGUGUUUAAGGAGACCAACCUUAAUCGAUCACACCGAAACUGACUGUGAGAGGCUGAUUGGACGCAGUACGAACAAACCACUCAUAAUACUUUUUCUUUGAAAAUGCACUUCACUUUCAUUCGGAAAGCCUUUUCCGGUUUAUGAAUCCUAUUCAAAGACAACAUUCCUGUUCCUCACCUUCGUGAGCGUGCGAGCGAGAGAGAGAGAGAGAACAGAAGGUUGUGUUUGGAGGUGACCGGACGUUACAGGGCUUGUGAGUACGAGCGAUGUUUGUUGUGUUUACUAGUUAGAAGCAUGUAGUUUACUGUGACGCCCAGAAAACAGGGUUUACCGCAUUGUUUACUGUGGAACGGAGCUGAAACCCGUCUGAAACCUGCUCGGUCCGUUCCUCGGUACGAGUGUUACAUCACCGCUGAUGACGCUCCAGUUAGAGAUACAGAGGUGCCAAUAUUUAUGAUUCGAUCGUUGCUAUGAAAAUAGGAGAGAAAACCUGUUUUGUUAGAAAAAAGCAAGAGUUAAAACAAAAGUGAUUGAAAUUCACUGAAGGAGAAACGAUGCAGGAGGUGAAGGGUGCCAAGACUUUUGCUUCAAGACAACGUUAGAGAGAAAAAAUUUGAUCUGUGAAUCUUGCAAGCCAAAAGAAAACAAGCUGCUUAUUAAGUAGCCGGAUUUUUGCUUCACAUCUGAAGAACAAACGAAUUGAACAAGUAAUUUUUCAGUUUAGUCCAUCAACAUGCCUGGAGAAUUUUUUAUUUUUAUAUAUUGUUUUAUUUGAUUUUUUUUUUUCUCUCUUAGCCACCUAGAAUUUGCUCGUUAGCAAUGUUGGCACCUCUGCAGAAAUGUUAGCACUACUGUCAGUUAUUUCUGUUACUGAUAAUUCCUCGAGCAGGUACGAAAUUCCGAAAAAAUUAUUUUAAUUUAAUUUUUUUUUUUUAAUUUAAUUCCCGGUACUUGUUAUGAAGCAAUACACUGGACGGAGGCAGAGUUACACUACUGAGUAUUGCAUCUAGAGCAUAAAUGAAUUAUUCUUAUUCUACUAGGAUUCAAUUAAAAAUUCCGACAUUUUUAUUGUACGAGUUGAAAUUUAAAAUAUAUACGAAAUUUAGAUUCAAAUUACUUUUUUUUUUUUUUCUUUUCCACAUUUCUUGAGCGCUGAUUGGCCAAACAGGAAACAUCCGAAAUUUGCUUGUUUACUUUUUCUCAGGUUUAGUUGAAUUUUAAAUUUGAAACAUUUUGAAACGUUUUAAAAUUUUCAAAUUCUAAAUGUUAAUUGUUUAAAAAAUUAAAAUGAUUCAAUUUAAAUCUAAAUUCAAAUAAUGCAGUCGAUUGCAUUUGAAAAUUAGAUAAUAUUCAAAUUCUAGGCUGAAAAAUUCUGUCUAAUGUAUUUUGCAAAACAUUUUUUUUUAUCAUCAGGACGUGUGCAUUUUACAAAAAUCUUCUAAAAUAUUUUUAUGCCCGUUUCUCAGAUAAACCUGGGACCUGAGCAUUCCCUGUGGAGGUGAUUUAUUAGAAUAAAAUGUUUCUCAAAAAUUCUUCAGAAUUAAAACAUUACGUUUUAAAAUGUAUUUUUUCUUUCCGCAUACAAUAUGCAAUUUUAAUUUGGUAAGUGCAAUAUUGGCUGUAAGGUUCGGGACACAGGGGGAUUUUAUUUACACAAAAUAUGUAAAAUAUGUAUUUUAUGGUUGACAACUUGGGUUCGAGAAAUAUAAAUCACGUCAUAUGACCUUAGAAGAAGUUUUAACCUACAAACUACUGCUGAGGUUUAAACCACUAUUAUAUACGAUGAUGUCAUACUGCUAACUCGUCGCCAAGACGAUGGAUCCAACACAAAGCUAAACUUCCAACGUUUUUUUACGUAAAAAAUUUUUUUAAUAACCGGUGUUGGUAGCACAGCCCUUAAACAAUCGUUGGUUGCUUUGGAAAAAAGUUAUAAAUUAUUUAAAAAUACAGGUUUUAUGAACUCAUCUUUUUGUUAUUAAUUUCAUGUUCUUUUAUUAAAUUUGGAUUUUUUUUUCCCCAAAAUUAUAUGCAAAAUUGCCAAAAAAAAAAAUUCUCAAAUCAGUCUCAUAUCAGUAGAAUGGAAUAAAUAGUUAAUAUUUAAAAUAAAAAUUGAAUGUCCUCAAUGGGGAAAAAAAAAAAAACAAGUAUUAAACAAUAUCAACAGUUUCUUUAAAAAUAUAAGGAAACGUUGCUGCUUUUUUUUUUUUUUUUUUUGCUUAUUUUAAAAAUUGUAAUAUUUUAUAAAACCUGGGAGUCUACGGAUUUAAAUUCUCCCAUAAAACACGCAGCAUCCGAAAUGAAAUAAUUUAAAAAAAAUUCCUGCAGAUGAAGUAGAGCUCUAAGUUACAGGCCUGUAUGCGUGUAUGUGUGCUGAAGAAACCGUACGUCCUUUUGGAUUAGAACGGUUCACGUCACAGAUUUGCACAUGUCGUUGGUGCCACCUGCAGUGUUAGUGUUAUAUCGUCCUCUUUUUUUGUUUUUCUCUUUAAUUUUACGUUAGUUGCGUAUGUUAUCAAGCGACCGAAAUCACUAAGCAAAAAAAAAAAAAUGGCGUUUUUCCUCGCACUUCUCUGAAAGCGAAGGAAAUUUUACUCCGCAAACGAAAAAGCAUUUCAGCUGCUGUCCGGAUCCGGACGUGACGAUCCGUCUUCCGACGUGUCUGCAAAACUGUAAAGCUGUACGGUCCAGCUGUUAAUCCUGACCGGUCGUGUGGACAUCGACACAGUACUUCCAUGUACAGUAAAUAUACGUUUUUUUUUCUUUUCUUUCCGUUAUGUUGUUUUUCUUAUUUACUAUGCAUCUUGGUUACGGAGCUGCUGUUUUCAACCCUGAAUGUAUUUUCAUCCAUCAGCAAAGUCUGUAAUCACCGCCGUGUCGCCAAUUUUUACUUUGUAAUGCUGAUUCUGAUCUGCAUGUUAAAGAGUAGUGUUACUCUGGCUUCUGUCCACUUGGCUGUAUAAACAAACCACCAUAUCCUUAAAAUGCACAUUUUUAAUUUAACCAAAAAAAUGUCCUUUCUGUAAUGCUUUUUUCUGUCUUUCUUUCUUUCUUUAAAUGGCUUUUAUCGAGAUUUGAAUCUGUUGUAUUGUGAAAGCGUCUAUCCAUGUGAUGUCACUUCCUUAACUAUGCUACAGAAGCACAUGGUGGUGGUGGGGGUGGUGGUGUAGGAAAAGCAUCAACUACAACAUGACCCCAAGGUGUUUUUAUUCCACUUACACCACAGAAUUGACUCUUAUUUCUUUCUAAACAUUUUUUGUUUAUACUAUGAAACAUCCAUGAGAAAAAGAUGGUUCCUGUUAUCGCUUAUCCCCGAGUGACCAAACUGUGUCCAAAAAAGUAAAACAAACCUCUGAAACUGGAGACUACUUCCAAAAAAUAAAGAUGUCUCAGUAUCGAUAAUUACCUUACAAGUGAUGCAAAUCCCUGGUGAAUGUUGUUGCCAUAAAAACUGUAAUAUAUUAGAAAGUAUAUAGAGCCGCUUCUGGCCAAUCAGAAUCGAGAAUUCCACAGCAUUAUGAUGUAAACGUUUCACUUGAGUUUUUAUGGAUAUAUGGAUUGGCCCUGAGAGGUCAUGUGACCUGGAACGAUGAUACACUUUCCGAAGUACCAAAUUUCAUUGAACUAAAAUCAUCUUAAAAUGGUUCGAUGACCGUUUUGAUACUUAAGGACAAUUUAAAGGAAAAUUUAAUUUUGGAUUUCGUUCAAAAGGCAGGCUUUAUUUGCUGAAAUGAUCCAACUCCAUUACACCAGUUAUUAAAAAAUAAUAAUAAAUAAAUAAUUUUUUUAUUUAUUCUUUCCAUCCUCUGCGUUUUAAUUUUUAUCUUUUCCAUCCAAUGAAUUGAUUUUUUUUUUUUUUUUUUUUUUUUUUUAAAUGUUACGAUUGCUAUUGUUGCUAAUAUGAAGGGCUGUUACAAGAAAAGUCUCCGAAAAGUCUGAAUGUUUUUUCUAUUUCUUAUCUGUAUAGCACUUCCCACCCAUCUGGACUCUUUACUCACAUCCUCCUCUGGAAUGAACAUGCAGAAAUAUGAAAAUAUCAGUUUGUACAUGCAAAAUAAAAAAAAAACUUGGAUUAAUGCAACAUUUUUCAUUGCCUUAUAAAUUUCUAUUUUUUUGUUCUCUCUUAAGGUGCAAAAAAAAAAAAACAA